UCACCUGUAUUUUGGAGAAUAAUCUGUCCUGAGCUGUAGAUCAUUCCAUAUUCCCGUGUUUCUGUAAAUCACACUGAAAUAAUGUGCCUAAAGACUGCAAAGUGUUUGGGUUAGAAGAUAGCAAAGGAUUACUUUGUGCAUAGUGGCACUAGGUAACAGAGGAAUUGAGGUGGGAAAUACCCACAGCUCUUUGAUAGGGAUGAUUUAGCAGGAUGCAAUAAUAAAAAUUGCUUAGUUUUGGAAAAGGAUUUCAGGUGUCCUGUGAGCUGGCCACAUCUCACAACUCACCUGAAAGCUACAGGCUGUCCUGGGGUCUAAAAUAAAAAACCCACUUGUGACCAUGUGCAGCAGCUGUUUUUUCUGAGCUUCUCAUUCAUGCUUGUGAUCCUGCUGGUGGAGGUGUUGGCAGAAAGAGUCCAGGGAGGAGGUGCAAGGCAACAGCACUGCAGCUUUUCAGCUCUUCUCCAUGAAGCUGCUCCAUGAAGAGCAGCUCUUCUCCUGCUCCAGGGUUCCAGAGCAACAGGAAUCACUGCAGAUGGUCACUGCAGCCACACACAGCUUGUAUAAAACAAAAACAGUCAGGAAAAGCAAGGACAAAACCCAAUGGGGUGUUUAUGGCUGUUUGCAGUUUCUUGCCUAUGUCUCUCACUGGGUUUGCCAGGCCUCUCCCAUCUCUGGAGGUGAAUUCUGCCAUUUUGCUGGGUUUGAGGUUGCCAGGUGCUUUGUUCCCUGUGUAGGAUAAAGCAAACCUCACCUGUAGGGCACUGCAAAGAGUCUAUGAACAGGUCCAACCCCCAGCACUGAGCCUCGGGCCUGUAGCUCUGAGUAAUCAUUACUUCAUAAUAAAAAUGGUAAUAAAAUCCAUCCCUUGCCCUCAGUGUUAGAGCCCUUGAGAGGAGAAUGUGAAUAAAGCUUCUCUAAUUUUCGAGUUAAGGAUAGGAUGUUCUAUCAAAAGUCAAACCCAGGCAGCACUGAGAGAACAAAGAACCUUUGAGAGCUGCUAUCACUGUAGAGCACCUUCCUGAGGAUUUCUGCCUUUGCAGGUCCUGCAGGCAUGCAGGAGCCUGAGUCUGUCCCUGCUUUGCCUUGAGCCUAAAAAGCUUUUGUGCAUAAAUGAGUUUGAGACCUGGGCUCACACAAAGGGCUGAGUUGAGCUUGUCUGAAAGCUGCCAAUCAACACCUCCCCAUAAGCACUUGCUGGGAGGGCUGCUGCUGCUGCUCUCCAAAUCCUCUCCCUUUAGGACCUUCUCCAAAAUUCUGAGCGUGCAAAAGCAGUUGUGUUCCUGUUAGUGAGUUAAUUUAACCAAAAAAAAAAAAAAAAAAAAAAAAAAAAAAAAAAAAAAAAAAAGCUAAAUCAUUACAGAGCAAAGUUUGGAUCUUGAACUGCUGAGACUGCAGUUCUUAGGCAGGAUGACAUGUCCAGAGGGUGGCAGCUGGUGUCAGGAGUCCCUGGGCUUGGGGACACAGGGCCAGUGGGAGCUCUUGCAGGAGGAUGUGCCCUCCCUCCUGGUGCUGUGAGAAGGAAUUGAACAGGAGGUGCUUAUAAAAUGCAGGCUGAUUGGGGUGAGGGGUGACUGCAGCCCCUGCUGCAGCCCAGCUUCAGAGACUUCUCUCCAGGGUCUGCAGGUGCUGGAAGAACAGGAACAAUCGCCCUAAACCAGGGGCUGCCAUGUGGCAUUUGGGAAUUCAUCUCUGCAGCCCCCAUCCUGCCUGUUUUCAGCUCUGUGCAGCUGAGAAUGGGGUUCUGUUACCUGCAGUUGUGAAAUGGGGAACUGACUCCAGUUAGGGCGAGAAUAAUUCAGCACUCAACCCCAUCACAACUCCAACCACCUCCUGUGCCGCCUCCCACAUGGCCUCCUGCCUUCCAGCAGAACCUUUCCUGCCACAGUGGGAGGAGGGAGUGUUGGGGAUGAGCCUGCACAGCCUGGAAACUGGGGGUAUGGGGGCAGGAUGACACAGAGUUGUUGCUGGCUCCGUCCCCGCCAGAUUUAUUCUGCUUUGCUGAGCAGAAAAGCCACGGAGUGAGCAGGAUUUCUGGCUGGCCAGGUGCUGAUGCUGAGGUGUUUGGGAGCACUGCUGAGCUCCCACAGAGCCAGGGUGGUUGAUGGUACAAGUCGAUGUGUUUACAUUUUAUUUCAGUUUUAUGCUACUUUUUUUAAAAGGUGAAAUUGUCUGGCCAGCUCCAGCAAAGGCAGUGACACUGGAGACUUUGGAAAUGGAUGGAGAUCUUUGUGUCACCACAGGAAUGGGAUUUGCCUGUAAAGUAUGUGGGUGUUGAAAGGUCUGGUUUAUAAAAGAAAAAAAAAUGAAGGAAAAAAUCUGCCAGGGCGGAUCGUUCCUGUCUCUGUUGUGGUUGGUUACAGCCAAACAGGGCAGGUUUUCUGGUAGCAAUUCCAGUGCUUAAUUAUAGUUCAGUCACAUCCACAGUUCAGGGCACGGAUUCCUUCACAGGCAGGAACUGUUUCAUGUAGCAGAGCCAUGCUGGGCUGUGUCUGAUGGCUGCUGCAAUUCUAGUGGGUGAUAUUUUUUUGUAUCAAAGCUCAAUAAGCAUAAGCAAGAGCGUGAUGGUUGGGAAGUGAGCUGUGAGGGGUGACGUGCUGCAAGCUGGAGCUCUGUAAGACAGAGGCUGUUUUUGUGUAUUUAUGAUGCUUUAACGCACGCUCGUUGGUUGAACAGCAGUGAGCAUCACGGUGCUUCAUCCAGAUCUGUUGCUGCGUAUUGCUUUGCAGGGGUUCACAGGGCUCAGGUUUUUGUCAGAUGGUCAGUUCCCCACUGUCUUUAAUAAUAUUGGCUAAUUUCAUGGUGAUUUUCAUGCCCUUAGAAUCAGAACAGGUCAAGUGUAUUUUUUUCCAAGGACCAUCUUCAAGAUGAAACCUGGUCCGUGCCUGAAGACCACUCUGCUGGAGUUUGCACAAUGCAAACAAAGCCUGCAGCUCCCAGGGUGGCCCAAAAGGAGAGGGAGAGGAGACAGAGGAGGAGAGAGGGAAGAGAGGAGGUGCUUGGAGCACAUCCCUUGGAGAUGGCUCCAGUGCCAGAGCAGGGGCAGUGCAAAGCAGCUGUUUGUGUGACCCACGCAGUGCCAGUGACUCCGUGGCUGAAUCAGAUGAGAUUCAUCUGCUUCCACCCUUCAGGAAGGUGUACUGGGGUGAUGCCAGCAGCUCAAGGUGGGAGUUGAUGUGUGGUGGCUGACUGAUGUCACUCUCUCAUCGCUGGGAGAAGACAAACAGCACCCACACUGUGCUUUUGAGGCAGCUGAACAGCCUCCUGCCCCUUUUACCUCUGCCCAGCCUCGUAACACUUCUGUCCCUUUGUCAUCUGCACCCAGAUUCUCACCUGUCAGGAGCCACAGGUCUCUGCCAGAGUUCCACCAGCCCAAGCAUGUUGGGUUCUUAUGGGACACAGGGGCUUUCCUGAGAAAUCUGCCUUGGUGGCUCUAUUUUGCCCUAAUUGGGUGGCUUUGCUGUGGGUUCCUGGUCUGCCCAGCUGUGGGAGUCCCUCUUCACAUUUGCUCAUCCCUGCUUUUCCCUCAGUUUCUGCAAAAACCCAGCAGCUCCAUCCACACAGUCCUGCUUCCCCACGGAGCAGGACCUGCCUCUGUGUGGUGGGCUGCUGGCUGAGCACAUUGGGUGUUAAACCUACUCCAGCUCAUGGGGAAAUUCAUACACUUGUUCAGUUCUAGCAAGUCCUGUGAGUGCCUGACCUAGCAGGGUUCCCUAAACCUCGGGGUAAAUAAACAUCUUCACAGAGAGGAACAAUCUAAAUAGGGGUGGACUAGAAAUUCACCCUUUGUGAUUCAGAACCUCUGUGACCCAGGAUGGAGCAGAUGCUCUCAACCUCUUGCUCUUUCUGCCCAGCUCCUCAUCUUUUGACUAUUUGGGCUCCUGUUUAACAAUUCAAAAACCCUUCCUGCAUCUCUCUCCACUGAACGUCUUGGUAUCACCUUUGUUUUCCAACCUCCCCUUUCCCCUUAGAAACAGACCUGAAGGAAAAAUAAUACAGAGGAAAUGAACUUCUCUGAGCCUUGAUUCACUCAGAGUGGGAUGUUGGAUUUCUGCUGUAUAAUUCUGGCUGGGACACUUCUGAGCUGGGCCUGGAUUUGCCUGGAAGAAAACACGAUUUUCUUUUCUAAGUCUUCUUGCAGAGCAGUUAUUUGUAUAUGUCCAGCAGUGUGGAGUGAAAGGGAGACCUCAGGGAAAACCACAACUCAUUUACAGCUUAAAUGAAAAUUGAAAAUGAGUUGAAAACAAGAUGUGCAAGAUUUUAAAUUUUAUCUUUUAUAAACAACAGUUAUUGCCUAUGGACUAAUGGAUUUAACAGAGGGAUUUAAUCUUUGUAAACAAGAGAAAAAUGCAUCAAAAUAGACCCUCAGGCAUGUGGCAGGACCUGGCUUUGGAAAAAUGGUGAAGAAGAGGUUGAAGCAACCUAACUGCUACUAAGAGUUUUAUUGGCACCAGGAGCUCUGUGAAGGAGACAAAUAGGGGCAUUUGAGCCCUUUGCUCUUUGUAUUUGUUUUUUAUUAGAGCCAUCAGUUUGAGCACAUAUUUGCCUGCCCAGGUGGAUAUUUGCAGGGCCUGGGGAGCCUGAACUCCACAGCAUGGAGUCUCCCUUGCCAGCCCGGCCACCUCUUGGGGCUGCAGAGUCAGUGCCAAAGGUACAAAAGCAUGGAAAUUCAAAAUGAUUUGGGCUGGAAGGGACCUUAAAGCUCAGCCAGUCCCACUUCCUGCUGUGGGCAGAGACACCUUCCACUAGCCCAGGUUGCUCCAAGCCAUGUCCAACCUGGCCUUGGACAUUUCCUGGGAUGGGGCAGCCACAGCUGCUCUGGGCACCCUGUGCAAGGGAAGAGUAUCUUCCCAAUAUCCCAUCUAACCCCAUCCUCUGGCGGGGGAAGUUAAUUGCCUUUGUCCUGUCCCUCCAUCCCUUGUCCCCAGCCCCUCUCCAGCUCUCCUGGAGCCCCUUCAGGCAGGGGCUCUGAGCUCUCCCUGGAUCCUUCUCUUGUCCAGGUGAGCACCUCCAGCUCUCCAGCCUGGCUUAGAGCAGAGGGGCUCCAGCCCUCAGAGCAUCUCUGUGGCCAUAUCUGGACUUGCUCCAACUGGUUCGUGUCCAGAUCUGGAUGCAAAGCAGAGAAAAACCAAAAUGGACCUUGCUUUAAAGCUUUUGAACCAGGGUGUUUUCAGGUUGAUCUGUUACAUUUGUUAGCAAGGCCCUUUUGGCUGGGCACUUUUUGGAUCCAUUUAUUUUGCUUAGUUGUGUUUUCCUUUCUUUACCGGGCAAAAUCCUGCUUCAUCUUUAGGUGCAUUUAGAGGAUUUGCCACUAGUGCCUGUUUCCCAGGUCCGUUAUUGCUCAUCUUAUCCCUACUUGAACAGGAGUUUGGUAAGGAACAGAACACAGUAAGAGUAAACUUGGAACUUGUUUGAAGAAAUUCAGAGGUUUAUGGGCAAGGUGAACCCACAGGGAUCAUCCACCUGGAUUUCCCCAAGGUGUUUGGCAAGGUCACUCGGGAAAGCCUCCUGAAGGAAGGAAGCAGCCCUGGAACAGGUGGUGAGAUCCUUACAGGGGAAAUGGUUUGCCAAAAGUUAAAGAACAAAAGGGAAGGGAGAAGAGACUGGGUAAUAAAAAAGAUGAAUUUUAAACGUACAUGAAUAUAAAAUGGUGCACAGGGAGAAAAACCAAUUUUAACUCUAUUUAUAAAACAACGGGUUCCAAGUUAAGUGUUACUGUCUGAAACAUCGGGGUUGUUACAGAUUGUGCUGUGAAAAUGUCAGUUCUGUGGUCAGCAGCCAUCCAGAGCAAACUGUGUGUGUCGAUUGCUGGGGGAAAACAGAACAAAACAACCCCCGCUCCCUCCGGCUGCAGGCAUCUGGGGAAGCUGAAGGUCCCCGGAGCUCCGAGGUGUUUGGGGUGGGAAGGAACAUUCCUGGAGGGUGUGGGGCUGUGCAGGGCUGCUCUCAGCGCCGGAGGGUAAAUCCUGCAGAGAGGGGAGGGGCAGCUCUGUGCAGACCCUCCUCUGCCUGGAGGACAUAACCAUUGGCAGCCUGCCGUUUUCCAAGGAGUCACCUCUGGACCCUCCUCCUCACUAUGGACCUGCCAGGACUCUGACCCUGCCAACAGCCCCAGCUCCUGAAUCACCAGUGAAAGUCGGUGUGCUGACCUCUGCCAGCAAAACUGAUUCAUAAAGUAGAAUUUCUACAGCUUUUUUUUGAUAUGUAAGCUGGGAAGAUUCCCUUGGAGACUGGUAGCUUCUGGGAAGGUGAAUCUCUGCUGAGCUGGAGGGAGCAAGUGGUGGAGAAGCAAGUGGUGGAGAAGCACAGCAGUGUCACAGGACCUGCAAUGCUGGAAGUCCCAGCAGGCUCCAGACUGGGUGCUCUGACCCAUCAAAGCGGGACAAAGGGAGAGGCAGAAAACCUACCACAAACCCCACCAGGCUGGUGACCAGGCUCUGGAGCUCAGGUCCUGGUGCACUCCCCAGGCAGGUCCUGGGUGCCAAUUAUUUUCCCUAAAAUUAGGAACAACUUCUUUGUGAAGACUGGAAAAUCCAGAAUAAAUCUGGUCUCUCUGUUGGUGUCUGGGGCUGGUAUUUAGCAAGGCUGCUGUGGAGGAAGGCAUUGCUGUCCUGAAGCCCUGCUUGGAUCACAGCACUGGUGCUGCUGCUGCUCAGUGAGUGCUGAGCUCGGGUCCUUUCACCAGCUGUUUCCCAAUAAAGCCCCACUGGCUGCCCUGAAUUGUGCUCCCACUUCCAGCCUCCAGGACAUCUCUGUUCCAGUGCUCCUUCCAGACUGGAAAUCAGGGUUAUGGGCUCACGUCUCCCACACACACAUCAUGAGGUCAAGCCUUGCCUUAGUACUCACCAAUUAAUCUGACAUCCCCUCAGUUUUCGAGUGUUUAUGGUGGCACUGCAAAGGGGCAGGAGCUCCCUGAUUGCCUUUUCCCAGCCUUUCCCAAGCUUGCUUAGCAGUGCCACUGGGAUGGAAAAUACCUGUUCCUCUGCUCCUGCCUUGGCUGAGGCAACACCAGCUGAAAAGGAAGGGAGAUCUGGGUGCAUUUGGUUGUGCAUUUAAUUAGAGCAGUGCAAAAGCCUUCAUCCUGUUUGAAACCCUGCAGCUUCCCACUGCUCAUCCCUUGUCCCCUGGGGCUGCCUGUGAGGAGCACUGCAGGAAUGGGACUUAACCCUGCCACGCUUCAGUUGGUGCCAUAAUUGCCCGGGGCUCUUUCAUCUGCCCUCUGUAAUUGGGAUCACUUUAUCCCUGGCUUCAUCCUCCCAAAGCCUACAGGUAACCCUUCAGCUUGCUGUUCCCCACAGUGGAGGAUUGCUGCUCAGCUUUCCGAAAAACACCCCUUCCCCAGGGUAAGGAGAAGCCAGACUCAGCUGUGCCAGGAUCAGAUCUUCCUUCACAUCCAGCACCUUCUCUGGACCUCACAUCCUCCUCCUCAUCCUCCUCCUGCUGCCCUUCCUACAUCCCCAGCCUUCUCCAGACACCCCAAAUUUCCAUCACUUACGCCACCAUGAGUGAAUUUGAAACUGUUUUGAAGAAAAGGCUUGGGAUAACAUCCAUCCAUUUCCAGCUGUGUUUUGUCAGUGCAAUGGCAGUGCAGGACACUGGAGGAGGGAUCUGGGCUGAGAGAGGAAACAGAGCAGGGAUGGGGGAGUUUCUGUCUGUCCAGAUGCAGCACUGCCAUGUGGGCACUGGGAGGGGACACCACAGCCCAGGGGACACUACUGGGACCAGUAGUGGUCCCAGCCACCAGCACCACUGGCAGCAGGGGCCUCAGGUCUCCUCUCUGCUGACUCAGUGGGGGAGACGAGGCUGCCUCGAUGUGAAUGUGAGAGUUGGGGCUGCAGAGCUGCAAAUGCCACAUCUGGGGUGAGCGCUGCAUUCAUGCACCCCACAGCCCCCAGAGGGUCACCUCCUUGAGUGGCAAGCCCAGCUGUUCUCCAGCUGAGCACAGGGAACGAGCAUGGAGAGAGAGCAGAGUGAGAGCCCCCUUCUGAGCCCUCCAGCACAGCUGGACACAAGGCUGGCAGAGGUGUCACACCAGGUGGAUGAGGGAGGAGGAGGCUCUGUCCAUCACCAUGGCACAUCUCUGGAGCAGUGAGGGAGCCCUUGCUGGUCUGGUCACCCAAGGGGACAAUCACAGUUCGGGAGGGUGCCUGGUAACACAGGAACACUUUGGGAUUUUUUUUCUUCCUGUAAGCUUAGAGAUGUAUUCCCAGUUUGACCCCCUGCUGCUGAAGAACACCUCCAGCCCUGUUCUGAAGAGUAGCACAUGCUGAGAAGGGCAUUGCUAAUGAAUUCCCUCUGCCACUUCCCAGGAGAGCUGGGUCAUCUCAUCCCCACCAACCAGCACCUCCUUGUAAAGGUACAGAACUGUAAAUCCAGCAGAAGCUGUCAGGGCCUUUAGGACACUAAUUAACUUUCAUGGGUCUCACUGGGAUUUCCCUCUAGCCACAUGGACAUAGGAACCACCUGAGCUCAGCCCUGGCUCUGUCACUGAUCUGUGUUGUGGGAGCUCAGCAGUGCCUGACUGAGUGACUGGCUUGACCUGGCCCCCGCCCUCCUCCUCACUAUGGAUCUUCCAGGACUCUGUCUGACCCUGGUUACCCCCACCAGACCUCACCCCAGCUUACUGUGGUCCAGAACCCGAGAGUAUCCCUGUGUAAAUGUGGAACCUGGAGGAAUCCCUGUUGGCUGUAGGCAAAGGACAAGAAGAAACAGCACAGCCUGUGCCUUGGAGCCCUUUGAUCCAAUGCUUUCCUCUUUUCACCUGGAAUUCACUUCACUGAACCCUGGGCACACCCAGUCUGUGUCCCAGGCCCCACUAUCUGUGUCCCUGGCAUGGCUGGGCACAUCUCCAUCCCGUUAAUGGAAAAGGAGGAGCUCAUGGGGAACAUGAUUAUCCGUGGAAGGUUUGGGUGUAGUAAUCAGGAAAUAGUGCUCUGCAAAAUGUCAGUGGGAGUGGAAAGCUGAGAAGUGAUACACAGGCUCUGGUGGUCGUGCUCUGCAGUAAGUGGGAUCCUCUGGGAAGUGAAGGAGCCGGGCUGAACUGGCAGGUCCUUGGGGCCACGAUCUUGGGAUUACCCAUCCCUUUAAUCAGGUACAUGUACUGGGAGAAGGGUUUGAGCUAAACUGGAAAUGAAACUCACGGCUGAGCUCCAGCGCAAAAAGCCAGCACGGAGAAGGCGGAAUCAUGGACAGACCGUGAGGAGAGACCAGACUCGGUGCUGAGCGCCGGGCUGACACGGGGCGGGCACGGGCGGAGGCCGGGCCGUGCCUGCCCGGGCGGGGCCGCUCCAGGUCCCUCCCCGCCGGUAUAACCGAGCGGCGGCGGCGGGCGCGGGGCGCGGCGGCGAUGGCGCUGCGCUGCCUCCUGCUGCUGCUCUGCGGAGCCGCGCUGGGACCCGCCGUGCACCUCGACUUCGCCGAGCACCGCAGCCAGGCCGCCAAGAUCAAGGUCAACCCCCGCGGCAACCUCUGGGCCACAGGUCACUUCAUGGGGAAGAAGAGCGUCACAGGCUCCCCACACCUGGAGGCUGCAGAGGAGCCUGCUGUGCCAAUGGUCUUCGGUCCCUCUCUGCGAGCCUUGCUGGAGGAUAUGAUGGAACUGCUGACCCGGGAGCUCCUGAAAAUCCUCCUGCAAGAAAGGCUAUUGGAUGAGAACCAAGGGAAAUACGACCUCGCUGACCAGGAGACAGGGCUUUUAACGAAGGUGCUGGAGAAGUACUUUUCAAACUGAAGAGGUGCAGCUGGGGAGGAUGAGGUCUGCAAGGUCGGCUGUGUGUGGUGAAGGGAGGAGAGCGUCGUCCUUGUGGGUUUCUAUAGCUACAUCACUUUUAUUUAUUCUUUCUGAAGUAUUGUCAAUAGUGAUGGUGUAUGUGAACAGCGGAGCCCACCACUGUGCCCCUGCCCAAUCCUGUAUAGUUCCUGUUUGUUUUGUGUUUUCUUGAUGUCUGAUGUGAAUGAAUAAA